AUGGCGAUGGCCAUUGUGCAAGCGUUAUGUGAUACAGACUUAGCGGCACAGGACACCCAGCUGGCUGCAGCGACGGGUAGCCUUAAACGAGGAAUCAAGCAUGCAGGACAGCUUCAUCUUGGGGAGCAAUUUCCGCAUGACACACGAGUAGCCACACUCAUAGCAGUGCAACGAGGAUGGACGGACAUGGAGCCAUUAGCGUCGAAGAAGCAAUUUAAAUGGUACCUGGAGGAAUACGGCAAGAAAACAUUUACGUCAUUGCCAAGGGUGGGGAAGGUAGUGAUGACUGGCACUGCAGCCUGUACAGGCCGAGUUCCAUGA